AUGAAUAUACGUACAAAUACAAGACUCCUGCGCCAAGUACCGCGUCUCCGGCUUCAACUUCGACCUGUUUCAACCCUCAGCAAUAGUCCACACAUCUAUGCUUUCAAAGAUCCCAAUGCUCCAUCCUCGUACAUCCUCACUUUCCUGUCCAAUGAACCUCCUAUUCCAUCAAUAGCCAUUGGCUCAACAACUAAACUACCACCAACACCAGCUUCCUUCCAAGAGAACCCCAAAUUCCUGCCCAUACUACAAUCCGUCAUAGCCGAAAAUGCUCAUGCCGACCCUUUCGUCCAGUCGCAGGCUGCAGUAAUGAUAUCAUCCGCUGGCGCGUCUUUCUUCCAAGCAAUGCGCAGGCAGCAGACAGGUUCUUUUGGCGCGAGCGAUCAAGGUGGCUACGGUAGUGCUGGACGAGGUGGCUGGGUGCACGUCUUCGAUCAACGACGUAUGCCUGAAUAUGGCCGCAUCCCAGACCCGGAGGAUAUCUUCGGGAGUGUCGAGGUCGAUGGUCAGGGACAGUUCGUCGAUAGCCAUGGUCGAUACGAAGCAAGUGGCACAUAUCGCAUCGUUACGAAUGAUGGGAUUCUCGGUCUAUCUGAUUUCUUGAGACAGAAGUUGGUGGAGAGACUCAAACUACAAGAAGCAGCCGAGCGACAUAAAAAGUGA